CACUUCACUCCCCUCUCUAUUUACAAACCAAAUUAACACUCGAUCACUUUAUAUUUAUAGAAUGAAUGAUUUGAUUCUCAUAUAGUAUUAAUAUAUAGGAGUAGGACAAUAAUCAUAAUUUAUUUUAUUCUCCAAUUAAUCCCUAUCCUUUUUUUUAUUUUCUCCGCCCCAACAUUAAUGACCUUUCCAUUCUAAUUCCAUUCCAAAUCCAAAUCCAAUGUUAUCAAUAUUUAAUCAAAAAUUUAUUCAAACAUUGUUUACCUGUAACCGUCCCCGCCUAACCAUGCGACGCCGCACCACCUUCCUCCUCUCUCUACUCGCCAUUCUCCUCUUCGCUACCUUUUCCCUUCACCUCUCUCGCAACGCCAUCUCCACUUCGCAACCCUAUUCCUACCUCCACAACGCCAACUUCAACACCAACGAAAACGUCGCCGCCGUUCGCGACAUCGUCAACCACCAAACACGCCGCGUCUCCUCCGUCAAGGCCUCCCCCUCCACCACCGUCUCCGUUCUGCUUCCCGAUUGGGAGAUUCUAGUCCUCGUCUCACCAAACACGCACUCAUCCUCUUCCCCCGACGAUCACCGCUACUGCCUUUUCCCCAACAAUGCCAGGUCUCCGGCCAGUUACUCCGGCGUCUUACCAUUCACCAACCGUACCACGUUCAAGUGCGACCUGCCGGAAUCAGUUCGCCGCCGCCGCGUCUUCCCGCAGCCUAUGCUAGUCUCCGGAACACCAGAGACUGAAUCGCCGGUUAGUUCUCCGGCGCCGGAGCUCAUGAGAUGGAACUUUCUCGUCUACGAGUCUUUCUCAACGGACGACGACGUCGUUGUAUUCGCCAAAGGAGUGAACCACCGCCAAGGCUACGACAGAUCCCUGAACGAGCUCCGCUGCGUCUUCAAACUAGCAGACGGCGGAGACAGCAUCAACACCGCCGUCACGAGCUCCGCUCAAGAGGUUUUCCGAUGCGCGCACCCCGAUUUGGAUUUGAAUUCCGAUCACGCCUUGUCUGAAAACGGCAACAGAAUCAGAAUUUCAAUUUCCCUCGAGAUUAUUGGCGAAAAUCUCGUGAUUCCCUCCAUUGCAUAUUACAGGCCCAGGCCCAGUCGAGAGGCCCAAGCCCAGGCCCAGCCCAAACAUUUCUUGUGUGCUUGCACGAUGGUUUACAACGUAGCGAAAUUCUUACGCGAAUGGGUGAUGUACCACACGAAAGUGGGAGUGGAGAAUUUCAUACUGUACGAUAACGGCAGCGACGAUGACUUCGCCGGCGAGGUGAAGAAUCUCCGAUCGGAGGGUUACAACAUCACCACAUUGCUCUGGAUUUGGCCCAAGACGCAGGAAGCUGGAUUUUCACACAGUGUUGUUUACUCCAAGGCGAAGGGACUAUGCAAUUGGAUAAUGUACGUGGAUGUUGACGAAUUCGUGUAUUCUCCGGCUUGGAGAAUUGGAGAUGAAUCUCCGAUUUCAUCUCCAUCGUUGAAAUCGAUGCUGGUAGGAAGUGAGGAUGAGAAUGGGAAUGGGAUUAGGGUUGGACAAGUGUCGAUGCGGUGUCUGGAAUUCGGACCGUCGGGUCAGCGGUUACACCCGGCGGAAGGGGUAACACGAGGGUACACGUGUCGGCGGAAGGUGGAGCGGAGGCACAAGUCGAUUGUGCUGGUGGAGGCGGUGGAUCGGGGGUUGAGGAACGUGGUGCAUCAUUUCGAGGUGAAGGAAGGGUUGAAGUGGAAGCAGGUUCGGGUGGAGGAAAUGUUGGUGAAUCAUUACAAGUAUCAGGCUUGGGAUGAGUUCAAGAGCAAGUUUAGAAGGAGGGUUUCUGCGUAUGUUGUGGAUUGGAAGAAGAAUGUGAACCUGGGUUCGAAGGAUAGAACACCUGGGUUGGGAUUUGAGGCAGUGGAACCUGAAGAUUGGGCUAACAAGUUCUGUGAGGUUAGAGAUGAAAGGUUGAAAUUGUUGACACAAGCUUGGUUUGGAUCCUACAACAACGCCUCCUCAAGGUUAUAGUAUAGAGAUGGAACUUUUUUACUUUUUUUUUGUUUUGAUUCAAAUGUUGGUUAGUUCAUUGGUUGAUUGGUAUUAUUACAGUUUACAGGACAGUUACAAAUAUAGAUCUUUCGGAGGGGUAAAAAGGGGGACUGAUUUUGACUCGAAUAGAAUUCUUGUUCUCUUCAUUAUUAUAAUCCCUAAUUCCCUAUUUUUUUGUCUUCAUUAUUGGCUAGAAAGUGAAGUAAGUGACCCUCUUCAAUGAUACAUCACCAAUUGGCAAUGUCAUUUUGACAUGCUAUUUUUUUAUUAGAAUCAAAAGCUUAUGAGACAUCAUACAUGUAAGUUGGGUAGAGAGUUAUGUUACAUAUAAUGGCCUUAUUCUUUUUUAAGCAAAAUGGUCUCUCUAUUGGAGGAAGAAUGUGAUCCCAACAACAACAACAACAAAAUAACAUUUAUUUACUCAUACAAAGAAAAGUGUAAUUUGUAUUUUGAAUAGUAACCCCUA